CCUCGCCCUGCUUGUUUCUCUUUACCAGCAUACAUAGCGGAAUUCGAACCCUCAAAAUCAAUCCAGUCGAGUCUUAUUGGACCAAAUCUGUAAUCCUUGUGAGCUGAGUUGAAUAAAGCGUUCCUCCUGGUAGUUGAUUUGGGGCGAUGUGACGGUAAGCUUUGAAAUAAGGCCUUCGGCGUGAAAGUGUCGACAGUGUCAGGAUGCGACAGUGAAUCAUCAAUAAUCUUUCUGUACAAUUCAAGUCGGAUAUGAUAGCCGUUUAACAUACUGUGGGCUUUCGAGAGGAGCCCAUUGAGCGCGUAAUGUAAGAUGCGGCACCGUGCACGAGCGCCGCGGCUCAGCGCUAUCAGUAGUCGGCUGAGUGUCACGGAAUCACUUGUGAUCACCGCCACUCCACCCUUCAACAAAGCUUGUUCCUCAUCCAGAUGGGCUCCGACCAAAAUUCGCUCAACGUCCGCUUUUGCGAGAUCUGUACUGGUUUUCUCAGCAAGAGCGGCAAGGACAGUGUCCCAUCUCUAACAAGGGUACUUGAUACGAUCGCUGAUGAUCUUGCAAGGAGCGGGGACCUGAGGAUUCGUAUGGGGUCGGAAAACCCUUCAAUAUGGCUGUCCCUCCAACAGUUGUGGGAUUUCCUCGCUGAGUAUCCUUCAGCAGAUGCAGAUAUCGCAGAGUUGCGCGUCCUCGUAAUAAGCGUCGCCAGAUUUACUAGGAAUAUUGUCGCAGGCGUUGCAGUGAACCAGCAGAAUGCAUUUGGAGUCGAGCCAGCUCUUCGCCGUGUUCUGCAUUUGUACAGCUCCUGGUCUGCGUUUCAAGUUACGGAUUCUUUUCCGGCUACUAGGAUGGCCGUUCAAGCACUCUCGAACAUUGUUACUACUAACGAGGAUCUCACAUCCCGCCUUUGGAGUACUUAUCUCACUCUGCCUGAGGAACAGGCCAUUCUCAUUCGCUUGCUCGGCUCCCCUGACCAUAAGACCAUCCUAUCACUCCUGGUACUUAUGGUAAAUUGCAUUCACGAUAGCACUGAGCGUCGUUCUUUACUCACGAAAUCACGCGGGGGAGCCCGAAUAUGCGUAACGCUUUUGGACCGCAUGGUCCUAUUGUACGACGCGGAGGAAUCCACUGACGGCGCAAAAGCAUUUGACUAUGGGUAUAAUUUGUUUGCCCACUUAUUUGAUGGCGGUUUUGCACCAGAUCUGUACAAUUCAUUGUCCGUUGAAGGGGAGGUAAUUGCGCAGCACCAAACUACUCUUCUCAAACUCCUCGACUCAUACCUACAAUCGUCUCAAACCUGUCCUGUACAUUGCGAUAUGUGCCCUAUGCUGUCGGAAAUUUUCCUCUCGCUCUCGUCAUAUUCUCAGUCAGCUAUUAAGCGAGCUAUCAAUCCCAUCAAUUCGGAGCCAAAUUUGGAUAGUUCCAUCGAACACCUGCGAGAACUUGAUUUAUUACUGCCAAAAUCAUGCGAGGCACUCGUAUUAGCAACUCAAUGUAUCGUCAAAAUCUCAUUACUAUCCGAGGACCAGCGGACUAUGGAUCCAUCCGCUGUAGAAUUACGAGCGAUCUUUCGAGAUGCCUGCUCAACUGACGAACUCUUACGGCUUCUUGACGCGUUUCUUCCACGCAUUUACUUUGGCAAGCCCGUCUUGAAUCCUGCGACAGAUCAAAGCAUCCCAUCGUCAGUCGCAGGAGCCAACGGAUUCUCGUAUUUGAAACGCGAUCUUGUGCGUUUAGUCGGGGUGCUUUGCCAUCGAGAUAAGACAUUCCAGGACCGCAUUAGGGUAUGCGGGGGCAUUCCUGUUAUUAUGAAUAUGUGUGUUGUGGACGAACGUAACCCGUACCUUCGGGAACACGCCAUAUUAGCACUUCGGAACCUGUUGGACAGCAACAAGGAAAAUCAGGAUGAAGUGAACAGCAUUCAACCAUCGGGAUAUUGGGAUGAAGCGGGCAUGUUGCGCGAGAAAGUCGGAGCUACGCUGAGAUAG